AUGAUAUUCCCGAGAUGAAUUUCAACAGAAUAGUAUUAUUCUUGCAUACCUAAGUUCUAUUUAUAAUCCUCGUAAUCAAAUGGGACUUUACGGUCAAUUCCUGUAAGAAAUUGGCAAUGUUGGUUGGUUAAAAAGUAUCACAACACUUCUCGGUCGGCUUUAAGAAACAAGAUCUUUUUUGUAUAGUACAGGAAUUGUUUAGGCGUGGAAAUAUAGCUAGGAAACGGACCUAAGGGAGAUUUUUUUUUGUGUGAAGUUUGGUGAAAAGUAUUAUUGUGUUGAAAAAAUUCUCAGAAACUUCUGAAACGAUACAAUUCUGUUAACGAAGCAUGUGAGAGAGUCUAGACUUUAGUUUUACCAAGACCAAUCCACCCAAGUGAGCUUCCCAUCGCCCCUAACCAAAAAACCGAGGACAAUCAGGAGAUUUCUCACGUCUGAGGACAUCUACCACCGUAACAGACCCACCCACAUGUCCAACUUCACCAAUUUCAAUUCCAAGCAGCAGACCUUACCCAGACCAAAAUCGCUCAACUUCACACCCGAAACCCCAAGAUCAGCGAAGAUCUACUCCAUAAUCGACAGUCCGGUGUCGACAGGUCAAGAGGGCACCAAUCUAGCUCAAACCAAAGAGAAGCAGAACGUCUAUUCUUGCUCCUCCAGCCUUGUGUCCAACCCUAGAAACGGCUACAAGACUGGCAGCACACAAAAGUUGAUCCACCAGCAAAUAGACGAAGAAAGCAGCGGCUGCAGUUGCAGGUGCACUUGCAAAGCGUCCUUGGAGAUGACCUCGCCACAAAUGGUCCAUUUCAACGAGAAACAGAGCUUAUCCUGGAGACGACUGCACAUGUCCAGGGCCAAACUGAAGGCUACCUCUGCCACUUCCGAACUCCUAUCUGGUUUUGCGAUGGUCGCUAUGGUAGAACUUCAGAUAAACGAGCCUACAGGCGUACCAGAAUGGUUGUUCGUGAUAUUCGCUGUUUGUACGACGGUCUUGGUGUCAGUGCACAUAUUUGCCUUGAUGAUUUCAACCUAUAUACUACCGAAUAUUGACGCCAUAGCCAAGAUGGAGAUUUGCGAGUGGGUUUCGGAGAGUCCACACGAGAGGAUGCGUGGUUUCAUCGAGAUAGCAUGGGCGUUUUCUACUGUUUUAGGUCUAUUCCUGUUCCUCCUAGAGGUGGCGAUAUUGUGCUGGGUCAAGUUCUGGGAUUACUCUUUUCCAGCGGCGAUAGCAGCUACUGUGGUGGUGAUACCAGUACUGAUAAUCUUCGUGUUGUUCACCGUUCAUUUCUACCAUUCCCUAGUAGUGCUUAAGUGCAAUUCCAGUUCCAACGAUAUGGUUCAGUUGGAGGAUAUGAAGAGACGUCUGGACAACAUCAGUAAUCCUGUGUGAUCUGAACUUUUUUCUUUCUUCGGCGUCUCAAUUUGUUGGUAGAUGUUUUACCAUAUAGUUUUUACCCAUUAGUCACCAGUGCAAGUUGCUUUAUUUGGAUGAACUGUUGGUAGUAUUCAUUUAAGGCUGUGAAACCAAACUUUGUUUAAUGUAAGAUAAAUGUUUAAUGACAUGUAAGGUAAAUAAAAGUUUUGUCGUUU